AUGAAAGAGGAUCUCCCUAUCCCUGGAACGGUCCAGCAAGUGGACGUCAACCACAGCCUGCACUUGCGCCAUGGCACCGGCCAGGACGAUAUCGUUUUGAUUCCUCAACCCAGUCAACAUCCCGACGAUCCCCUGAAUUGGUCCUACAGGCGCAAGAUGCUAAAUAGUUGUUGUCAGAUGGCAUGGUGCUUUUUUGCAGCUGCUCUCAUUAGUGGUCUCUCCCCAGCCUAUCUAUUGAUCUCCGAAGACACUGGAAUUUCUGUAGCUGAUCUCAGUACUGGCAAUGGUAUUAUGUACUUAUUCAUGGGCUGGGGCACCCUACUGACCCAAAACUUGGCACAAAACUGGGGUCGGCGUCCUGUGCUUGUCGUCGGCAUGUUAGGUGCUUCACUAAUGACAAUCUGGUCCACGUAUGUCAAGAGUGUUGGUGAAUGGUACGCCAACCGCGUGCUGAUUGGUCUCUUCAUCUCCCCACAAGAGGCCUUGAUUGAGCUCUGCAUCGCUGAUGUCCAUUUCACCCACAACCGUGGGUUGCAUAUGGGCAUUUAUAACUGGACAUUGUGGUGUGGUGCUUUCCUGGCUCCCAUUGCAGGUGGCUUCGUUGCUGACAGCAUGGGCUGGCGAUGGAUUCAGUAUCUUCUAGCUAUUAUCUGUCUCUGUAUCACCCUCGGCAUUUUCCUCGGUUUUGAAGACACCAUGUUCUUCCGCAAAUUUGACCGCAACCAGGAAACAGUUAUUCCCACAGAAUUUCUCCCAGCCCUGUCCGCCGAAGCCGAAAAGGGCCCAUCCAGUCAAAUAGACAGCUCAAACCCCCCCAUCUCCUCGGAAUCAGGAGAAAUAUUUCCUGUCAAAACAUAUCUGCAGAAGCUUAAGAUGUGGGGACUCCAUAACCCCAAACAACCCUAUACCUUCUGGCAGUCGAUCUAUCUCUCCUUUCGAUUGCUUCUCUUCCCCACACAGAUCUUCUCCGGGUUGCUUGUUGGCAGUAUUUUGGCUUGGUAUAACGUGUUGGGAGGCUCUCUCGCCGAGGUUCUUGGAGGCGCGCCUUACAACUUCACAGCCGACCAGAUCGGCCUAACAUAUUUCGCAAGUGUUAUUGGUGUAUCCGUUGGGUGCUACUGCAGUGGCUGGCUAAGUGAUAUCCUCGCCAUCAGACUCGCCCGAAGACGACAAGGCAUCAAAGAACCCGAGGAUCGCCUGUGGAUGGCAAUUAUUGCGAUCAUCGCCCACCCGCUGGGGUGUAUUCUUUACGGUGUAGGUGCCAGUCAUCACAUCCCUUGGAUUGGUGUUGUUAUUGGCAUCGCCUUCAUGUGUCUUACCCUGCCCAUGGGUUCGGGCCUAGCCAUCACGUACAUUAUCGACUGUCAGAAGGAGCUGGCUGCUGAAUCUAUCGUAACCAUCAUUUUGAUUCGUAACACUAUUGGAUUUGCUUUCGCUUACGCUGUAAAUCCCAUGAUUUCUAACAUGGGUCUACAAAACACUUUUAUUCUGAUUGCGGUGCUCGGCAUUGUUUUCUGGUCUGCCUGUUUCCUGUGGAUUGGGGUUGGAAAGUCUGCCCGAAAAUCUAUUGCAAAGUCAUACUGGACGAUUGUCGAGAAGCAUGGCUUGACAGCUCACUGA